AUGAAAGGGAAUGAACAAUUCCUGAACACGUUAAUCAGAAACAAUAUCAACGCCCUGUUGAUAAAACAAAUCAUCUACUCAGGAAACAUUCUGAAAACAUAUACUGAGUGGAAAACAAGGAUCAUCACCAAUGAUCAAUUAUGGCGAGAUCAAGCAGAAAAUGAGCGGAUGAUGAAGGGUAUGGCCAGCGGCAGCUCCGGUUCCGGAAACCGGGGACCCAAUGGUCGGUACCGAGGAGAGGGUGCUUCGGAGAAGAAGGCCGAGACAAUGGAAGAGAAGAAAGACGGUGUCAUGCACCAAAGUUGA